UCAAGCUGUUCAGACAUAUUUCAAAAAAAUAAAAAAAAAAAGUAAUUUUGAGUAAUUGUAAAACAAUUUUUUAGAACUUACUCAAUUCAAACAUUUAGCUAUGGCCAAAUUUGAAUUUUUUACUGUGUUAUUAUUUAUUUUACUUAUUUCAAUUAGUGUAGUUAGAGGAAGGAUACAUACAUUAGAAAUAAAGGCUGAUGAUCGUCGUUAUAUAGCAUUAACAACAUUUGGAUUUUACAAAGGUGGUUUGUUGAAUGUAGCCAUCAGAAAUUUCUAUAUGCCAAAAUCAAAUAUUGAUGAUGUGCAUGGUUUAGUUCUUGAAAGAACUAUUUCAGAUGAAGGAAAUCGAUAUAUAGAACUACAACAAGAGUUUUGUCCUAUUGAAUCAAACAACUUAUUUGAGACACGACCAAAUUCAGAUAUAGCAGUAUUUCAAUUUAACUUUAAAACUAAGAUUGUUACUAUAAAAUGUUCAUUAUCAAUGAAGCCAUUUUAUUUGUUUAAUGAUAUGGAAGAAUUUAAAAAAGAACAAGAAUCUGGAUUUGAAAACUCAGUUAAAUAUUGCAACAAAUCAUUAAAUAUCUACUCAAGUAAUGAAGUAGUAGACUCAUAUAAUAUAAGUUUUGUUGUAUAUAUAAAGUUAAAAUCAAAUGAAGGAUUGUAUAAUCUAUAUUAUCAUAACUGUCCAAAUUAUGCUAUGGUUCCUAAGUCAAAGCAAAGUUUUACGGUCGAUAUCAAUGAAAGUAAUAAUGGUAAUUAUUUGUCUGCUGGUGAUAUACCAUUACCAUCUUUGUAUUUUUCUACAUCCAUUAUUUUCUUUGUAACUGGAAUUAUUUGGGUUUAUUCACUUUAUAAGAGCAAUUAUCCUGUGUAUAAAAUUCAUUAUUUAAUGGCUUUGCUAAUUUUCUUAAAAGCAGCCACUUUAUUUUUUCAUGGUUUAAAUUUUCAUUUUAUUCAGAUUAAAGGCCAACAUAUUGCAACAUGGGCUGUAGUAUUUUAUACUAUUCAUUUAUUAAAGGGAUCAGUUUUAUUUAUAACUAUAGUACUCAUUGGUACAGGAUGGACAUUUAUAAAACAUGUAUUAUCAGAUAAAGAUAAAAAUAUAUUUAUGAUUGUGAUACCAUUACAAGUGCUUGCAAAUAUAGCUGGAGUUAUUAUUCAAGAAUCAGAAGAAGGUGAUGUUCAACAUAAUGCAUGGUUGGAUUUAUUUUUACUAGUUGAUUUUAUGUGUUGUGCAGCUAUAUUAUUUCCUAUACUUUGGUCUAUCCGACAUUUACAAGAUGCAUCACAAACAGAUGGAAAAGCAGCAGUAAACUUACGAAAGUUAAAAUUGUUCCAACAAUUUUAUGUUAUGCUUGUUUCUUAUAUAUAUUUUACUCGAUUUUUAAUUUAUAUGUUAAGAAUGACUGUGCCUUUUAAUUUGUUGUGGCUAAAUGAAUUUUUCAAAGAAGCAGCAACAUAUGUGUUUUUUGUAAUGACUGGCUAUAAAUUUCGACCAACUCUUGCAAACCCAUACUUUCAAGUGUUAUCUGAUGUUGAUGAUGAUGAUACAGAUAUUGUGAUUAGCCAUUUUGGAUCAGGAGUAAGUAAUCGGUCUAAGAAAAAAACUGGAAGAGGAGACAUACCUGAAGAUGAAAUGAUGCUAGUUGAAACAUCAUAAUAAUAAAAAAAGUUAUCUGUGAUUCCAAGACUGAUCCUACUGAUCUACCCUUUUGAUUGUUGGUUUCCAUUUGCACAAAUUUAAAUAUUUUAUCUAACCUAUUAGUUUGACAUAAAUAAAUUUAUAUUUUAUAUUGAUUUUUAUAAUUAGGAUACGUAAUUAACUUAUUUUAUUCAGAGUUAGUUUGCGAGUUGUUCCUUUGUUGUACUGUAAUUGUAAAUACUAUACAUAUAUGUAUAUUUAUUUAAUAUAGAUUUGUUUAUUAAAAAUCUAUUCAUGUUAAUGUAGAAAAAUAGUAUUUUUUUUUUUU